AUGGAUGGAAAUUUUGUUCUAGUAAGUGAACCAACAUUUCCUGCUAAUUUUCCGCGCCAAGAUAGGCCAUCACUUGUAUCCUCGAGUGCUAAUAAAUAUGUUUUCUUUGUUACAGAAAAUUCCAUCGCAUACAUCGAUUUAACAGAAAAAAGCAAGGAAAAACAACCAAUUUAUUAUAUGCAAGUAAAUAGCGAGAUUUUAAUAUCACCAUUAUUACUUAGAAGCAAUAAUAACGCGACAAAACUUUUUUAUCUUUCAACAGAAACAAUUCAUUUAUUCGAUUUCAAUCCAAAUGCAAAAUUCCAUAAUCCAAGACUUGUAGAAAACGUAAAUCAAUUAGAAAUUCUUAAUAAAUCCAUUGUAGAUGCGCAAUUUUUCCCAACAAAUCCAAAUUAUUUAAUGAUUGCUUAUGAAUCCGGUGAAUUACAAGUUAUUAACUGUAUAACAGGAGAAUCAGAGCAAAUUUUCAAUAUUCGUGAGAAAAUUUAUCAAAUUGCAUUCGGAUCAACGGAAAAUCGUGAAAAUUCAUGGGCUCCUUACAGUCUUUUCGUAUUUACAUACAAUACACCCAAGAAUAACCUCUAUAAAAUCUCUCCAAUCCUGUUACCUGGCCAACAAAUUCCAGAUUCAUUGUUACUUAAUCAAAAAUACGAAAAUCUAAGAAAAAUACAGAAAUUCAGCAUCCACUGUCCAUAUAUUUCUACUCCAAUCCAGAUUCGUCCGGAUCUUGAAGAUAAUAUGAGUAUGACCUCUUUUGCCUUCUUUUCACAAGGAGAAACAGACUUAAUACUACUUGGUGCUCGUUCUGAUCCAAGCGAUAACAACAAAUCCAACUUAAUUCGACCAUUUUUUGUCACAUUUGCCAAAAUUGACUUUUCUCCAAUGUCAAACAGAAUCUACGACCUUGAAACCAUUGGCAAGAGCGACAUUGUCCUCAAAUCCGCUCCGAAACUGAUGAAUUGUCCAGAUCCAGUGAAUAUAACUCCAAAUGAAGUUCAAAGAUUCUGGCCAUGGAAAGGCGAAGAGCCAAUGCGAUGCACCACCGAGCUUAUUUCCAAUGGAAAAAUACUCGGAUUCGCUAAUAAUUUCGCUUUAACAGCUCCUGGCCACAUUAUUGAGGUUAGACAUUAUAUGACUGGCCUUACGAGGCUGGAUCCAGGAAUGCCGAUCAAUCCUAAGGCAGAUGUCGUCAAAGACGCGAAAGCAGAGCUCGAAAAAAUCACUGUAAUCAAGAAUUACAAAGAAAUGCUCAGUAAAAAUGAAAAAACUAACCAACUAACAAAUGACGAAAUCAAGAAACGUCAAACACAACAGGAUGGACAUGAUAAGAGGAUAGAAAAGGACAAAAUAAGGGUUGUAGAUUUCAAAUCUCGUGAAAAAGAGAUUUUGGAGAAGAAGAAACAAGUUGAGGAGUUGAUAGUUAGAUUUAAUGUCGCUAAAUGUUUGGUAGAUCCAACAACAAUCCCUCAAGAUCAAAGAGUUACUGACCAACAAAAUGAUGGCCAAAAUUCUCAUUCCGAUCAAAAAAGUGACACCAAAAAAUUUGAAUCUCAAAAAGAAGAAAAACUUGAGGAGACUAAGGUGAACACAUUGGAAUACCUGAAGUCUUUAGUUAAGUUUAACAAACUGUAUGCUGCUACUGCAGUUUUCUUCGUAGCGCUGGCUUUAUUAAUCUUUUUGAGUAUUGUUGAUAUUUAA